UUGCCGUUUCAAAUUUCCUUUUGUCACAGCGUUCCCUGCAUGGUCUCCUGCAGAUGAAAAGGGUAGAAACAGAGAGAGAAGGAGAGAGGGUGGUGGGGUCUGAAACUGAACGCUGCGGUGGCCCAGUGUAGGCCUGAAGCCGGGCUGGCAAAUGUUGCCCCUCCCUUUUUCUCUUCAUCCACUGCCCACCUUCUCUUUCCUUAAAGAUGGAAAUCUUUCAUUCUGAGUUCCAUUCACCAGCAAAACUUGGAUUUUGACGGCGAGAUCCCUUGAUAUUGUGCCUCCACUACUAUAUUCGGCUUCCCCUCCCUCUUUUCCUCUAUCUUCUUCCUUCCUUUUGCGUCGUCACUACUGGAGUGAAGUGAAGAACCCCCGCCCAUCUUGUCUUGCUGGGCAGGCGUUCAAGCAUUCUUCCUUUCUCGGGUCGGAGUGUUGGUGUUAAAUCCACCUGCUACUUCCUGCAACUCACGGAUCUGCAAGAACAGAGUACUGGAGGAAGAACAGAAAAGGGGAAAGUUCUGUUGAGGAGCAGAACUCGAUAGGAUUCUCUGUUAUUUCUUUUUCAGGAGCAGUAUUUAUACAGUUAUAAAUACGUAUACAUUUACAGCUAUAUAACGCUCUCAGCCACUCCAAGGUUUAGACUCUUUCAGAGACGCGCACAAUACGUUCCAACAGGUUUGGAUGGUUUCUUCGUGGUUGCGUUGCCCUUGCAUACUGGUAUGCUGUAAUAGACGGGAAGGGGGAGACAUUUUGAAGAGACAAGGUAAAGGAUUUAAGGAUCUUUGGUUAGAGUAAAUUUAGGAGAACGGGGAAGUGUUCGGAAUAAACAACCUCAGGACGGUCCGGUUUUCACCUUUUGUCGCCCGAAUAACGGCGCCCUCAUCGCGAUCCUUCGAUGAUUCUUGAAGAACCAAUUUCGUAGCAAUUCCUGUUUUGGACAGUCAGCAAUGGGUACAGUUCCUCCUGAUUGCCCAUAUCCUGGAUGCUUCUUCUGCGUUAUGAAAGAAGGAAAUCCUAGUAAACGUAGAUCAAGUGUAUUGAAGUUCUUCAGAGAACUUCCUACUCAAGAUGAUGAUGGCCAGGUUCUCCCAAUCAGUGGUCUCUGGAAUACUGCCAUGGCACACCCCAAUGAUCCUGAGUUCAUUGAGUUGGGAAUAUUUGAAUGCAUGUCUUCUCUUAUAUGGAAGGGCUUGAAGAAUAGGCGCUGGCUUUCCCAUGACCAGAAUAUCUAUAUACCCUAUUAUGCAGCACAUAUCAUCGGAUCAUACACAAUGAAUAUGGAGGAAUUUGCAGAACGUGCGGUCCGUUCAGGGGUUAUCCCACCUCUUGUGGAGCUUUUAAGAGGUCGAUUGACUUGGGUGGAGCAAAGGGUGGCGGUUAGAGCUCUCGGACAUUUGGCCACAUAUGCCUCUACUUUUCCUGCUGUUGCCAACCAUAGUGAAGUUCUUGAGCUCUCCAUUCAGCUGGCAAUGGGUUCACUUGAAAUUGUUUAUUCUCAUUUCUAUCAAUUUGUGGACAGACGGCUUAGUUAUCACUGUGAUUUGCUGACACGUGGAAUGGGUGGAGUUGAAAUGGAGUCUAGGAAAGCUGAAGAAUGGGCUAGUCAAUUGCAGUGUUGGUCUCUUCAGCUCAUUAAUUGCUUUGCCUUCAAGGCAGAGUUUAUCCCUUUCGUUUGCAAACCUGAAUUUCUUGUCAAGCUCCCAGGCAUGUGGGGAGGACUAGUAAAUGAAAAUUCACCGGCUGGUAUUGGUUUAUUAAGAACAAUAUGUCACCACAAGCAUGGCAGGUUACAAGUGGCUAGUCUUCCAGGAAUUAUCGAGGCUCUUUGCAACAUUGCUCGCUCUUCGGAUGAUUGGCAAUACAUGGCUAUCGAUUGCCUUCUGUGGUUGCUUAAAGAUCAAAAUACUUCUCAUAAAGUAAUUGAUGCAGCCGCUCCUGUUCUUGUAGACUUGGCGGAAGUGUCUUCUCUGGGGGACCACAAAAGGCUUGGGGAAUCUAUUGCUGAAGUUCUUCAGGAAUGCAUCCAAUCACAUGUCAUGGUAAGGAGCUCUAUCAGCAGCCACACAAAGGAGCAACUUGAUGAGCUUGCAAACUCAAGGAGGAGAACGAAAUGGGAGAAGAAUAUGCCAAAAGAGGAUCUUCAUAUCAAACAGGCUGCAGCGUUAGUUGUAAAACUCGAAGGCAAUUCUCUCUUCUCUUCAGGUGAUAUUGCAGGUGCAGCAGCCAAAUACACAGAGGCAUUAGCUUCAUGUCCUAUGAAGUCCAGGAAAGAGAGGCUUGUGCUCUUUAGCAAUCGGGCUCAAUGCCACCUUCUCAUGCAGCAGCCUUUGGCUGCCAUAAGUGAUGCUACACGUGCGCUCUGUCUGCAUAGUCCUAUCAAUCGCCAUGCCAAAAGUCUGUGGAGAAGAGCCCAGGCAUAUGAUAUGUUGGGAUUGGCUAAAGAAAGUUUGCUUGAUGCCAUUCUUUUCAUCAAUGAAUGCUCUCAAUCGACUGAUCCAGACCUCUCACUUUGGAAGAAUAAAGUCCCUGAUUAUGCGGAGCGUUUAGUCAAAAAGCAGAUGCGGGCAUCUUGGUUGUUUAGAGAAGCUGCGAUAAAGCAUGGCAGUACGAAUCAUCAUGGUGACAUUGGUGAUAUUUAUGGUGAGGAAGGAGAUGAUUCUGAAUGGGAGACUGCAAGUGAAAGCGACAUUGAGAAUGCUGUUGGAGGAGAGGCCGGCAAUAAUGGCAGUUGGCAAAAUGAUGAACAGGAGAAAGCUGAACAUGAGAAAUCUUCCAAAGAAGACUUGAGGCUUGGAUACAAGGUGCAUGUUGCAGAAGAAGAAAAAUAGUCAUAUGCAGUAUGGAUCUCCAUAGCCAUGUUUGAUGAACAUAGACUCCACGUUCUAGCCUUAAAGUAUUCAGAUAGGUUUGUGUUGUGUAAUGUCUCUUUCCACCUAUUGUGCCCUUACAUGAGGCUGCCUACGAAUUAAUGUUUGGCUAGCAAUUGUUAUAAGUCUUCUUGUGGCUCAAAUGCCAUUUUGAACUUGUAUUGGUGAAAGAGGACUGGCUCAACAAAGAGAACCAGAUUUCGUCUAAGGAAUUCAGUCAAUUGUAUCA